AUGCUCAGCCUGGAGACGAUAAUAGCGCUUGAACACGUUGAAUGGACAGUUUCAAAAAGUACUCGCAUGUUUGGCGCACCGUUAACAAUCCGGCUCUGGAGAUCGGUCGCCACGGAGCAGACCAGGGACCUCACGUUUGGUGAGGCGACCAGAGCCCACCGCGACGCCAAAUGCGCAGCACUCGCUUCGAAGUCGCUGGCGAACAACCCGUUUUUGUGCCUCUUGAAGAAGACUGAUGAGCAAGAGCGGAGGCUGGAUAACCUCAACCACGCAUUACAACACAUGCGCAGUCCGCGGUCGACAUGA